AAAUCGUUCAAUAACACUAUUACAAAAUGAUUAGUUAAAUUUUCCAAGAAAAUUAUGCUCACCAAUCGAAAAUUACCAAUAAAAUUGUUAUCAAAAACGAUUACUUAUCAAAGUUGUAUCCGCAUGUGAGUUUAUAACCUAAAAUUUAAGUUAAAAUGAAGUGGGUAAUCUUGUUUAUAUUCGUGUUAAUACGUUUUAAUUAUGCGUCCAAAGUAAUAGAACUCACAGACAAGUUCUUGGAGAUUCGCAAAGAUGGUAGCCCAUGGUUUUUAAUGUUUUACGCUCCCUGGUGUGGGCAUUGCAAGAGAAUUGAGCCUGUUUGGGGGCACGUCGCGCAAUCAUUACGAAAAACUAAUAUUCGCGUUGGUAAAGUUGAUUGUACAAGAUAUGCAAAUUUAGCUUCACAAUAUGCGGUUGCAGCAUAUCCAACUUUAAAAUUUGUAAAAGGCGAUGAAGAACACACCUAUAACGGUGAUAGAAAGAUGGAAGAUAUGGUUAAUUUCGCUUUGAGAAUGAAUGGGCCCCCAGUUCAAGAAUUAACUAAAUCGGAAAGCAUGAAUACAAUUAAAGGACAACACGAUUUGUUUUUUAUGUUCGUUGGGGAACAAGAAGGCAAUUUAUGGAAUGCUUAUCAUUCCGUUGCCACUCAUUUUCAACCUCACGGAUUUUUUUAUGCCGCGCCGAAAGAUGUAGCCAAACAACACGUGGAUUUAGAUGAAUUGCCGGCUGUUUUUGUUUAUAAAGAAAAUUUACAUCAUUUUUAUACCGUUGAAUCUGGAACAUUAAUAGACGAUGCAGAACAUUUAAAUACAACAAUGUAUAAAUGGAUUAAUGAAGAACGUUUCGAAACGUUUCCUAAAAUAACCAAAGGCAAUAUCAAUGAAUUAAUCCAAACUAAAAAGUAUAUAGUGAUAGCAGUUCUCCAAGAAAAUAGAUUAGAACAUAUCCCCCCUGAUAUGUUGGAAUUUCGAGAUAUGGUUGAAAGCGUAAUUCGCAAAAAACGCGAUAAAUACCACAAAGACUUUCAAUUUGGUUGGGUUGCCACUCCCGAUAUCGCUAAUAGCAUUGCCAUGAUGAUUCUUCCUGUUCCAAGCGUCAUCGUGCUUAAUUCAACGACUUAUCAUCAUUAUAUCCCGGAUGAUGAUCCUCUACAUUUAACUGUUGAAGCCUUAGAUUUGUUUUUGGAGGGUGUCCGCAACCAAAGCGUGCCUGCUUAUGGAGGAAACGGAAUCUUUGUUAAAUUGUAUAAGAUUUAUUUUGAGGCGAAGACCACAUUAGCUGAAUUAUGGAAGGGAAACGCCGUUUUGACAGUUGUUAUUUUUGGGUUACCUCUAACGUUCCUUUCUCUUAUUGUUUAUAAUAUUUGUUGUGCUGAUAUCUUGGAUGCUGAUGAGGAAGAGGAAGAAACUCAUGAGAAGAAAGAUUAAUUUUAUUAAUUUCUAG